CUGUGAAGCUCAAACGUAGCCAUGUUUGGACAAAGCGUUAUUAUUAUUAUUUAUUAUUAACACGAAUAAACAAAUAAGCACUAUAAAAUCACAGAAACCCUAAUCCAUUCACUCACUGUUUCAUUAGAGUAUAAAAAUUAGAAACCGUUUUGCAGAGAGAAAAGAUGGGAGGGUGUUUUUCGGAUAUGAAAGGAGGGAAGCAAGCGGUGGGAGGGAUACGUGAAGCAGCCACCGGCGUUGAACCGCAAAACGACGCCGUUGAUUUCUUUUACAAGACUCAAGGCUUUCAGCAGUUGUUCACGCGAGUUGAGUUAUCUCUUUCAGCUUCCAACUUACUUGAUCGGGACAUUACCUCAAAGAGUGAUCCCAUGGUUGUGGUAUUUGCAAAGAAAAGAGAUGGUCAAUUGGAAGAACUAGGUCGCACUGAAGUAAUUAUGAAUUGUUUGAAUCCAGAGUGGAUAGAGAAAAUCAGUGUUGCAUUUCAAUUCGAAAUUGUGCAACCACUUGAAUUUCAUAUGUAUGAUAUCGACACAAAAUAUCAUGGCGUUCCUGCUAAGACACUAAAAUUGCGAGAUCAAGAAUUUCUUGGAAUGGCCAAUUGCACAUUAUCAGAGAUUGUGACUAAACAAAGUAGGAGGUUAACAUUAAGGCUCCAAAACAAAAGCGGGAAUGGUGGUUUAAGAAACCUAGGAGCAAUUACGGUUCAUGCUGAGGAGACUGUUGCUUCGAGGAGUGUAGUUGAGAUGGUCCUUCGUUGUUCUCGCUUGGACAACAAGGAUGUUUUUUCCAAAAGUGACCCUUUUCUAAGAAUAUCAAGAAUGGUCGAGAGUGGUGGUUAUAUUCCUAUCUGCAAGACUGAAGUUAUCAACGACAAUUUAAAUCCAAAAUGGAGACCAAUUUGUCUUGGUGGUCACAAGUUUGGAAGUAAAGAUAAUCCAUUAUUGAUAGAGUGUUUCGAUUUCAAUAGCAGUGGCGAUCAUGUGCUUAUUGGUAAAAUGCAGAAGUCAGUAACAGAACUGGAAAAGUUAUACAGGGAGAAAACAGGCGCAAAUUUUGUCAUUCCAUCCACACGAGACAGGCAAGAGAAGGUUCUAAAAGGUCAACUAUUUGUGGAUCAAUAUUGUGAAAAAGAACAGUUUAGUUUUAUUGAUUACGUAUCUAAUGGUUUUGAACUGAACUUCAUGGUUGCUGUAGAUUUCACUGCUUCAAAUGGAAAUCCUCAACAUUCGGAUUCUUUGCAUUACAUUGAUGCAUAUGGUCGGUUAAAUCCAUACCAAAAGGCUAUAAUAGAGGUUGGAGAGGUCAUUCAGGUUUAUGAUUCUGAUAGGCGGUUUCCUGCUUGGGGCUUUGGAGGGAAGAUGCCGGGUGGUACCGUAUCCCAUUGUUUUAAUCUAAAUGGCAACCCAGGUGGCUCGGAGGUUGUAGGAGUCGAAGGCGUAAUGGAUGCUUAUGCCAAUGCUUUACGCAGUAUCGCUCUUUCAGGACCCACUUUAUUUGGCCCAGUUAUCAACAUGGCAGCUCAAAUGGCUGCGCAGUCCCUUUCAUCACAGUACAACACCAAGUAUUACGUAUUGCUUAUUAUAACAGAUGGAGUUGUUACGGAUCUGCAAGAAACAACGAACGCUCUAGUUAAAGCAUCUGACCUUCCCUUAUCGGUUCUCAUAGUUGGAGUUGGAAAUGCUGAUUUCGCAAGCAUGGAGGUACUGGAUGCUGAUAAUGGACGUGGGUUAGUGAGUUCAACGGGUCGUGUAGCUACACGAGAUAUAGUGCAAUUUGUCCCCAUGAGAGAAGUUGAGAGUGGGCAGAUAUCAGUGGUGCAAGCUCUUCUGGAAGAGCUACCUGAUCAAUUUUUGUCUUUUAUGCAAAGCAGGGAUAUCAAGCCUCAGCCACAGGUAUCGACUUCCGCCAUGCUAUAGAAUUUUGAAGAAAAUGGUAUCUUAGUAUCAAUAAUAAAAUAUAU